AUCCAGGAAGUUUCUAACGCAGCAUUCCAGCUAGCUAGCUCGUACGUUAGAGAAUUAGCACAAGUUCUCUACGGUAGUUGGCCAGUACUACCUUAAUUUACAAAAACGAUCGAGCUAUAUAUUUAUUUCAGGCCUCCGCCGGUAUCUACUUUUUCAACAGAUCAACUGUGCCAUGGCGGCCUCUACUAUUAGCUUGAAGAGUACCCUGGCGAUCCUGGCUCUUGUGAUUGCCUUCUCUGUGCAAGGCACGCUAGGAGGAAUAACAUGUGAGCAUCUAGACCAGGAAACAUGUGCGUUCGCGGUGUCAUCCUCAGGCAAGCGUUGCGUGCUUGAGAAGCAUGUGAAAAGGAGCGGAGAGGAAGCAUACACAUGCCGUGCAUCGGAAAUUGACGCCGACAAAUUGAAUGACUUGAUCGAGACUGAACAGUGCAUCAAAGCCUGUGGGCUUGACCGAAAAACACUUGGAAUCUCAUCGGAUUCUCUCUUAGAGUCUCGCUUCACCGAAAAGCUUUGCUCACCUCAGUGCUACGAGAGCUGCCCUAACGUUGUUGAUCUAUACUUCAAUCUUGCUGCUGGUGAAGGUGUGUUUCUUCCCAAAUUAUGUGAAGUACAAACAAAUAAUCCAAGGAGAGGGAUGUCCGAGUUCCGGAGCUCUGGUUUUGUUGCACCAGGACCCGUGAAAUCUGCCAAGUUCACAAUUGCACCAAUAGUUGCACCAGCACUUGCUCCACUCUAGAGGAAAAAUUUAUAACAAUAUAUAUAUAGUAUAUGCAUGCAAUAUUACAGAGUAUAUUAUAUUUUAGGUGCGUGACAUGCAUGAAUAAUGAAGUCAGUACGCCAAGGGAUGAUCAGUAGCUAGCUUGCACCAUCAUUUUAAUAUGGCGUGUGCAUUUAGUUACGAUCCAGCUUAAUGGGUGUACGUGCUCUUCAAAUCAAUAAGCUAGGCCGGUGUGUACGUACGUAAGGCCUGCUCAUACAGUCAUAUAUAAUACUCGUCGUUUGUAGGUUGAUUAGGCAUUUAAUUACAAUUAAUAUACUAUUAUACGUAGAAGAUUAUAAUUGUGUGUGGUUUCCAUAUUUCACGGCCUUUGUGUGAUUUAUUGUAUGGUUUGGAAAUAAAGAAAUUAAAAAAAGGUUUGUCAAUA